GUAUGUAUAUAUGUACAUGUAUAUAUAUAUAUAUAUACAUAUUAUACAUAUGUAUAUAUGUAUAUGCAGUGUACAUACGAAUCGAUGCUUUGUUAUCACUAAUUCAAACAUUCUAAUGUUUUUAAUUUAUAAUGCUAUUGAUUUGAAGUUAGAAUUCAUUAUAUUAGAUAGGAUUUCGGUUUAUUUAUUUAAUAUUGUUUCAAGAUGACUUUUUUUUUAAAAUUAAGUUGUCGAUCUUGCUUUUUUGGCGCGGAAUGCAUUUUAUUCAACGAAAAAGAUAGGUUCGUUUAAUAUACGUGUAAAGAGCAAAAUAUAUUUCAAGAAAGUGAUCUUUUAAAGUUGUUUAUCAUCUUUUGCUCAUAACGUAUAUGAGUUCAGCGACAGGUAUGGACAGAUUAUGAACUACAAGUACAAUAGGGAUACAUUACGUAUCUAUUGUAUCGAUGUAUAAACUUAUUACGUAUUUUUCGUGCGUAUCUGACAAUCGAAUGAAUGUAUUAUAGAAAUUUUUCUAUGUAGUAAAAAUAGUGAUACAUUUGACAAAAACAAGAAAAAACCAUAUGCCAGGUUAGAUUAAUUUCAAAGUGUUUGUUAAUUGUAGAAACUUCGUAUUUUUUGUUUGUAGUUAAAUUUAUAUAAACAGUUAAAGUGUACUUAAGCAGCCAUUAACUCGAUAUUACUUGCAAUUAUGAUGGUGAUUAUCAGUAUCGCAGGACAUAAAAAUUCGAAAUAUUUUCACAAAGUAAUUUUUACUAUUGCAAAGUAAUAUGUACGUAAAGAAUCUUAAAUCGAUUUGCUUGAUAAACCUUGAAAAAUGUCAAGCCAUUUUCUUUAUCUAACCUUUGAUAUGUAUUGUUUUUAGAUAUUAUGCCAUUUUAUUUAAGAUCUACAAUAUACGCGUAUUUAAUCGUUGGUCGUUGAUUUACGAGUUAUUAAUAUACACUUAAAUGAUCGCGAAUAUGUAUGUACGAUAAGAGUUUUAUGAUUUUGAUCUUUUGGAUAAAAAUCUAUGAUUUUGGUUAAAGAAACAAUAAAUUUUCUGUUAUAGUAACAAUAUCUAUAUAUGUGAGUUUUUAAUAUUAUUUCGACGGAUUUUUGUUUAAGAACAUUAAAUGCCAUGAUUAAUUAUAAAUAAACAAAAACAAUAUACGAUCUAAUAAUUUUAUUUUUAGAUUUAACGAAUUUACUACUGAAAGAAUAUUUUAGCGAUCCUCUUACCAACUGCUCCAGUGGCGCAAUUGGUUAGCGCACGGUACUUAUAAGACAGUGUUCGUGAGCAAUGCCGGGGUUGCUUAUACAAGAAUACACGGACGAACGCAUACAGAGCAAUCGAUAUCGACGUUAAUGGCAGACGCGGCGUUAAAAUCGAGGAUACGGAUGAUGUUUUAUGCUAAGUACUCCUUCAUCAGUCGAAUCACGAAAGAUCGUAUGUACCUAAUAAUGGACAUCGUUGGUGUCCCCGUAAAUCCACGUACCGAACAAUGUGACAAAGGUAUCGCUUGAAUAAAAGGAGAACCUUUAAAAGCGUUCAUCAAACUCUACAAGUUUGCCAGUCUUUUGUAGUCGAUCUUACGAAAAUGACACGGUGCUUCCACCAUUCGAGAUUAUUACAUGUUAGCGCAGAGAAAAUCUUAUCGACGCGAAUAGGACAGGCGCGUAACUACUUGUUGCUGACCCUAUUAACGAUCUCGUUCGAUCAUGCGACUUCCCUAGAGCCGCAAGAUACAGUGUUGAUUAAUUUCUCUCGAAAAUAUAACGACUCCGGUGUGGUGAAUCAUUAUGUACCGUCCGAAGAGACGAAUAUCGCUCGAAUGAAGGAAAUAGACGAAGCAUCGAAGAACACGUCGUUUUCUCUAACGAUCGAUUCAACUGUGGAGAACAACGAAGAGCUUCCAUUUGGAGUCAAUGGACGAGAAGGUCGAUAUUAUUAUCGGCGACCAUCUUCUCAUUUGCAAGUCAGAUCUCAACGGGUUCACUCGAGUACGACCGAAAGCAUAAGUAGUGCCGAUAAGUCGUUAUCGCAAGGGAAUGACAUCCAAAUAGAAGAAAUAUCUUGUCGUGAUACGGACGACGAUGUAUUUUUUAAAGCAUCCGUAAAAACGACUACGGCGAAGGAAUCGCCUGUAAUAGAUAACGUAGAGAACGAGGUAUGUAAAGUUACAAGGGUGAAAGACGAGUAUACGAUAAAUCUAGAAAAAGAACGAUUUCGGCAUUGCGGCGUUGUUGCAUGUUCAACGGACACCGAAAGAUUCUAUUGUCUCGAUUUGAGAUUUCCACUGAUACCGGGUCUCAGAUUGAAAGACGAUACGAAGAUCACCUUGCGGUGCAAAGUACAAGAAAAGACUGUCUCUCGCACGAAACAAAUCAGAGUGAAAACUCUCGAUACAUCGGCAAGAAUGGUGCCCCGCGUUGUUACUGGUGGUUCUCAAAAUACUUUGGAGAUCGAUGUCGGAUUGUUUCGAAAGACAUUUCAUUCCGAAAAAGUGUUUGACACUAGAAUACAAUCCGGAGAUACCGUUAUCUUGGGAGAAGAAGUAUUAUUGCGUGUUCUCGUACGAGAUGGAAACGGCUGGCAAUAUUCGAGGAUCGGUGAAUUGACGGUUCAUUAUAUAGAAAAGAAACAACAAAAGAAAAUAAUGAACAGUUUAUGGAUCUUGGAUACCAAUGGAUGCUUGAAUCCGGAUGUUCGAAAGAUUUGCUCGAGAGAACAGUAUCGGAUAUCGCCUUUGGAAACUUAUCUGAUCUUCCAAGCUUUCAUGUUUGAAAAUAUGAGAGAGAACGACGAGAUAUUUUUAACUGUUAAGGUAACGGGUUGUUUAGAAGGAGCGGAUUGUAUUUUGAAUUGUCCAGCAGGACAUAAUAGAAGAUCUAGAAGCGUUAAAACUCAUAAUAAUACUAUCGAUUGGGAAAAUGACAUUUCCUUUAGAGUUAAUCUUCCCAAAGAAAAGAUCGUUCGAGAAGAUCUUUUUCGUUUUCACUUGGUCAUCCCUUAUGUCUUUGUUGGUUGCGCGUUAUCGAUUACAGCAGCUUUGCUUUGUACAAUUAGAAUACUUUUAAAACAAAGAAUUGCGAAAUAUUAAACAAAUGUGAUUAUAUUUAUUUUUAUUAAAUUUAAGCUUCCUAAAGUAGAAA